UUUUUUUUUUAAUACUAUUCCACACCAACAAACACGACCCGUGGCGCAGCGAUGGGAUUAGGGCACAUUCUUGCCACUUCUAAAAAAGGGCAAUGAUCUUUCCCUCCUCAGCAAGCAAACAGCAGGCAACAAGGCCUUCAACUUGUCAUCUCAAUGAGUCAUAGCCCGGUUCCAUGCGGAUUGUUCAAUUGGCUUAUGAACAAGUGUUGUCUGUGUCUGUCUUCCCUAAUUGUUGUCGUGUGCAUUUCCCUGUUUCAGGGCUCAACUUCUUCUUUUUCUCUUAAUGUUUCUUUAACAAUGUAUUUUUUCCUUCUCUGCUCUUCGUCCAUGUAUUCCACAUUUUUCUUUUUUUCUUUCACAAAUCAUCACAUGCUCAUUCACGGAGUCAAAGGCGCAACACACGGGCACUGACACGCAUAAAAAAAAAAAGCGUUUGUCAAUCAAUGCUUCCGGUCAGAACACAAAUUAAAAGACUCCCAUCAUCCCAGUCUUUUUCUUUUCCUUUUCUUGUGCCAAGAGCCCCUGGAUUUGAACCCAUCAUAUCGAUCACCAAUUUUCAUGUUUUUUUUUUAUUUUAUUUUAUUUUUUUUUUCCUCUGUACAAAUCUUUCUCUUUCUCUUUCUUUUUCUUUCAAUAUCAUUUUUAUCAAACACUAAUAGUUUACAAGGCAUAAUCGAGAUCUUAGCAAGCAAUCUAAAAAAAAA